AGAAAAAAAGUUCCUUAAAAAAAACGUCGAACAUAAAUCCUAUCAAUGGUUUUGCAUAAGAAUUCAAAAUAAAUGAUCAUUCAUAACAACCGAUAAUUUAAUGGCUGUUAUUUAAUUAUUCCAAUAAUUUAUAAUAAGAUAAAUUUCACAUUAUCGGCGGAUAAUUUAUCAGUCCCGAUAAUUAUCGUGCAUCCCUAUUGAAAACCUAUAUUAAUGACGGUAUUUGAUGUAUAAAAAGUUCUUAUCUUUCACAGAGAAAGUCAAAAUAUUCAGCAACACGCCGGCUGCUUUUGAAGUCCAAACUGCUGAAAAAGGCAGCGUCUAUGCUGGUGGCUGAAAGUGAAGCAAAGAAACACGAGAAGGAAAGAGUUGUGAGUGAGUGCUACCCUCCACUGAAGCUGUCAGGUCUGUCAGUCCAGGAGCUCCAGGACCUUUGCAAAGACCUACAUCGUAAAAUUGAUGUUGUAGAUGAAGCACGUUAUGAUAUGGAGAUUAAAGUAGCCAAAAAUGAGAUAGAGAUCCAGACACUGAAUCAGAAGAUCAUCGAGCUGAAGGGUGUAAAGAGGCCCAGCUUGAAGAGGGUGAAGAAAACUGCAGACGACAUGCUGGGUGCACACACUGACACCUCAAAACUCAUGAAGGGUGAUUUCAAAGUCAACCUUAAGACAGUGAAGAAGGCGGAUGAAAAGAGGGAAGAGGUGACUGACUGGCGUAAGAACGUGGAGGCCAUGUCCGGUAUGGAGGGCAGGAAGAAGCUGUUUAAUUCUAAUUAAGAAGGUGCUUUUGUGUAACAAAUAUUUUGGGAACACAUCAUCUUUCCUGAAGUACACCUUAUGUUGGCAAUGUUCAGUUUUCUUUUUUCAUCUUCAUUUCAGAAUCAUUGUCAAAAAUCAAGAAGGUUUGCGUUGCAGGGUUGAAUAAAAAGGUUUUUGUAAAGAAUGAUGCCAUUUGUAAAAGAUUAAAUACAUGCACUUUUUUAGAUUAUACUGUAUUAGUAUAACUAUAAAUAGUUGUCUGAUCUUGCUUUAAUGUCAACUUUUAUGUAAAAAAUACCAGUGUAUGCCAUGAUUGUAAUAAUAUAAAUUGUAGCCUUUGCAUAUUGAAAGCGUGCUAAAGAACAGGCUGAUUAGCUUCAUGAGUGUGUCUUUUAAAGUGCAGUAUUUGUAUUAUACAGAUGAUGGCGUUGAUGGCAUUAUCUGUAAUAUAUGUGAUGCUGAUUAAACAACCAUAAAAACA